AAUAAAUUGGUGUCGAUGCGGGUUGAAAUUGGUUCUCAUCAGAUUGUCCAUCCUCUGAUUCUGGUUGGCACUCUAGUGUUGAGACUAUGGCUUCAUCCUCAACUUAUGACGUGUAUUUGAGCUUCAGGGAUCCAGACAAAGGCAUCACUUUCGACCUGUAUGAUGCUUUGAUGCGUGGUGGAUUAAAGGCAUAUUUAGGUGACACAGAUCUUUUAAUUGGAGAUGGCAUUUCCCCAACGCUGCUUAAAGCAAUCCAAAGGUCUAGAAUUUGUGUCAUCGUUAUUUCACAGAAUUAUGUAUCUUCGUCAUGGUGUCUUGCUCAACUGGUGUGGAUCAUGGAAUUAUGGAGAAGGGAAGAUAGAUUGGUUUUGCCAGUAUUUUAUAAUGUCGAUCCAUCCGAUGUCAGAAAACAGAAGCGUUAUUUUGGUGAGGCACUAGAGAAGCAUCGUCGUUUCGGUCGGAGAGACCAAACAACCAUGCUUGAUUGGAGGGAGGCUCUCACUCAAGUUGCCAACAUCUGCGGCUGGGUUGCAAACAAUUAUAGGGAUGACAUAGAUCUAAUUAUUGACAUUGUAAAGUCUAUCCAAAGUAAAGGACUUCCGACGAGGCUGAACAUUUCCAUCUAUCCCCUCAGAUAUGAUAUGUGUGAUGAAUAUCUCGAAGUGUUCCUGCAAGCUGGACCUCAAGAAGUUGUUAUAGUAGGGAUCUGCGGACCAGGCCAAAUGGGAAAGACAGCUUUGGCCAGAGUUAUGUAUGACCAAAUUCUACAUAAUUUUGAUGGUGGCUGCUUCCUCGCAGAAGUUGCCAAAAGAUCAGAUCAACCCAAUUAUCUGGUUCGUCUACAAGAAACACUUCUUUCUGAAAUUCUCUUGGAGAGGAAUGUCAAGAUCUCAAAUACUAGAAUGGGAAGAGAUCUGAUUGCGCAAAAUUUAUGCUCCAAAAGGGUUUUAGUUGUUCUGGACAACGUGGAUAAUUUGAAGCAAAUACAUGCACUGGUUGGUGAUCGCAAAUUUUUUGGUCCAGGAAGUAAAAUCAUCAUAACGGCUAGAGAUGUGCACCUGCACCUGCUAGAACUGUUUGGAGUGGAUCAGUUCAUUUUGGCUCAAGGCCGUCCUCUACCAGAAAAUGUUGCGGGUAUCUGGGAGCCGUAUCAGCGAAGUCGUUGCGUAGUUGCAGGGCUUAAGGAGUACAUUGAGACCUUUAAUCAUCAGAGACUAGACAAACUGAGGAACCUUCAAGCUGUUUUGCUCCAAGAGAGACAGAAAAACGCAACUCAGGGAAGAUUAAUUUCAGAUUUGCUGAAACCCUGUGGUGAGGGCAGUGCCUCAAAUGACAACUGAGACAGUGAUGGAUGAAAAUGGCUCCCAAACCUCCCUUGGAGUAUUGAUUGACCCAGAAAAUGAGGAUCAUGAAUAUGAGUUAAAGGAAAAGAUUGGGAAGUCUCCACCUGACGCAUACAUUGAAAGAUAGUGGUGGAGGUAAAGCAAAGGUCUCUAAGCAAAUGGCUCCCUUUUCUUUCUUUCUUUCUUUAUUCCUUUCUUUUAUUUAUUUUUUAUGUUUUGUUUUGAGUAAGCGAGUUAAGGGAAAAUCGGACCCCUAACACGAUAUUUUAUUGAAUGAGAAGGAUGAGCCUUUCUAGAGGAUGAAGCUUAGGCGCCCUUGCAUGGCAAGGGUUGAGUAGAAAUCUAUUCUAUGUCAUCUUUCAUCUCUUGUAAGUUGUAACCUCCAUCUAUUUCUAGAAAAUGUGAAAACUCAUUCUAACAAUAAAU